AUGAUAAAGGAAUAUUCCGAGAGGCAUUCUGAUAUUAAAACAAAAGUAGAACUCAGACAACAGCGACAUUCCAAAUCCAAAAGGGCAAUUCCUUCAUAUUUAUCUCUGCUUCUCCAUGUAUUUCUCCUUCAAAUCUUCACACGUUUUCUCAGAUCACAGGAUUUUGGGACUCAAUUGAUCAACAUGGAUGUAGAUGCAGGAGCUACGUCAGCAGUUGACACUGAUAAUCAGCAAACGCCCGUUCUUCGUGGCCGGUCUAAAGCUAUACAUCAGUUCACACAACAAACUCUCCCAGCUUGUAAACCUGUUCUAACACCAGCAUGGGUCAUUGCAACAUUCUUUAUGAUGGGUGUACUUUUUAUCCCUGUUGGAUUAAUUUCUCUUCAUGCUUCACAAAGUGUUCAUGAAAUUGUAGACAGAUAUGAUGUUGAUUGUGUACCCGAUAAUUUCAAGAACAACAAGAUAGCUUAUAUCAAGAAUUCAUCAGUUUCAAAAAGUUGUCAUAGGUAUCUAAAGGCACACAAACAUAUGAAAGCUCCAAUUUACAUCUAUUAUCAACUUGAUAACUUUUACCAAAAUCACAGAAGGUAUGUGAAAAGUAAAAGUGAUGAUCAACUUCUACAUGGAUUAGGAUACAACAAAACAAGUUCAUGUGAACCUCAAGCAUUCGAUAAUGGUCUUCCAAUAGUUCCUUGUGGAUUGAUUGCAUGGAGUUUGUUUAACGACACAUUUUCAUUUUCACGUGGGACAAAAAAAUUGGAAAUUGAAAGAAAAAAUAUUGCAUGGAAGAGUGAUAGAGAACACAAAUUUGGCAACAAAGUUUAUCCAUUCAAUUUUCAAAAUGGAUCAUUGAUUGGUGGUGGAAAGCUUGAUACAACUAUCCCACUAAGUGAUCAAGAGGAUCUUAUUGUGUGGAUGCGAACUGCUGCUUUUCCAAGCUUCCGGAAGCUUUAUGGAAGAAUCGAAGAGGAUCUAGAAGAAGAUGACAUCAUCAUAGUACACCUCAAAAACAACUAUAAUACUUAUAGUUUUGGUGGAACAAAAACUCUUGUCCUUUCAACAUCAAGUUGGUUAGGUGGAAAGAAUAGUUUUCUAGGGGUGGCUUAUAUUUUUGUUGGCUCUUCUUCCAUACUCAUUGCCUUCAUCUUCUUGUUGCUUCAUGUAAAAAACCCAAGACCAUAUGGGGACACGAUGUAUGUUAGUGGUGGCAGGAAGGAUAUUUCUAGUUAAGAGUUAGUUUGCAUAUUUUAAAAAAGAUGAUGACAGUUUUUACAAAUUGCUGCUUGUCUCGGAUGAUACAUCUGAGUUGCUGCAUGUAAUUAUAAAAUUUUUUCUCCAAAGAGACUUUUGUUUCUCCUAUGUAAAGAGAUUUGCUAAUGCCACCUAGGCAGCCACAUAUACCAAUGGGCCCCACAUGAAGGAAUUAAAACGUUUCUCCAUUUAUCGUGGUGGUAUCUUUUGUUAUCUUCUUGUUGCUAAAUGUGGUAUUGUUGAAUACGUUGGAAGCAACAUGUUUAUGCUAUGAUGUUAUCAUUUUGCUAAGGUUAUAGUAGGAUUGUUUUUGCUUGUGAUUAGGUCAUUCUGUUUGUUACAUG